AUGGAUGACGGUCGAGAAACCGGGUUUUCGAAUGAAAAUGUGGUUCGCAUAGUUCCUGGAACCCCUGGAAAGGGUGGUGUUGAGAAUUGGGAUCCAGGGUCCACUGACCAGGCAGUUUGGGCAACUGAGGAUGAUUAUAGGGCUUGGAAUAGGGAGGCCUCAGUUGAUACUGUUUCCAAUUCAAAUUAUGAUGGAUGGCAAUCCCAAUCCCGGUCUGGUAGCGAGCCGCCCAACAAGAAAUCAAGAAAUUCCCAAUCUGGGGAUUCGGGGUCUAGUAAUCGAUCAAAAGCAAUAGGAAAGAUGUUCUUUAAGACCAAACUAUGCAGCAAAUUCCAGGCGGGGACUUGCCCAUAUAUCAGUAACUGUAAUUUUGCGCAUAGUAUUGAAGAACUUCGUAGACCCCCUCCCAAUUGGCAAGAAAUUGUGGCUGCCCACGAGGAAGAACGAGGAGUGUCAUCUGAGCUGAGGGAAGAAUUCCAGAUUCCAUCAUUUGCAUCUGGUUUUGUUGGGGAGACUCAGAGGUGUUAUAAAGGGAGACAUUGCAAGAAGUUCUAUACUGAAGAGGGCUGUCCAUAUGGAGAUAAUUGCACUUUUCUCCAUGACGAACAGUCGAGAGCACGGGAAAGUGUGGCCAUAAGUUUGGGUCCUGGGCCAGGUGGUGGACAGAUAGGUGGUGGCAGCUGCGGAUCAAACCUGAAGCCUUCGAAUUGGAAAACACGGAUUUGUAACAAGUGGGAGAUGACAGGGUAUUGCCCAUUUGGAAGCAAAUGUCAUUUUGCUCAUGGGUCUGCAGAACUGCAUCGUUAUGGUGGGGGUGUAAUGGAGGGGGAAGUUAAAGAUUUUUCUGCUUCUCUGGAUCAAAAGCAGGGGAUGUUGUUGCCUUCAAGAACUUCAAGUGAUAAUACAGUUCCACCUCUCACUUCAGUUCCUCACUUAGACAGUUAUCAUGUUGGGGUUCCACCACAGAGGUUGUCCAAUGUAAUCCCGAAGGUAGGGCAAAGACCCCAUCAGAAGUGGAAGGGUCCAGACAAAAUUAGUAAAAUAUAUGGUGACUGGAUCGAUGACAUCGAGUAG